UCUUGGAGAUUGUAUCUCGAGCUCACACGCCUGAAUCAUCCUCUCGAUGCACUCGUGAUCUACCUGCCAUGCGCUACCGGCGUCGUCCACGCCGCCGCUGUCUCCCACCGGCAGACCCUUCCGCUGCCCCUGGUACUUCAAUGCCUGCUCGGAUGGCUCCCGAUAUCGGUGCUCCAGACGAGCUUCGCAAACACCAUCAACGAUAUCCUCGACCAAGACCUGGACCGGAAGGUGCCUCGGUGCCGGAAUCGGCCUCUGGCUCGGGGAGCUCUGUCCACGACCCAAGCCAGUCUCUUCGCUGCGAUCCAAGCGGUAGCGCUCGUUCUUCUCUCCAUAUGGGCUCUUCCCCGCGCCUCUCGCAUCUAUCCCAUCGCGACUGUUGUCAGCAGCUGUGUCUACCCCUUUGGGAAGCGCGUCACCAACUAUCCGCAGGCCAUUCUCGGGGCCAUCUUCGCCGCGGGCUUCCUCUGGGGGUACGAGUCCACUGGGCUGCGCCUGGCAUCCCAAGCGCUGAUGGUGAAGAUCUCCACGGGCAGCAUGAUGGGCGUCCUGUGCUUGUGGGUCGUGAUGCUCGACGUCAUCUACGCAUUUCAGGACGUCGCGGAUGAUCCCCGCGCCGGGGUCCGGGGCAUGAGCGUGCGAUUCCAGAACUCGAGUCGAUGGCUCUUUACGGUCUUGGGGACCAUGUACAUGACACUUCUCUUGGUGAGUGGAGUUGCUGCAAGUCUGGGCCGGAAUUUUGUGGUUGUUGCCGGGUGCGCGGCGACAACCCUCGUCGUUAAUCUGUGCUGGGUGGAUGUCACGUCUAGGGCGAGUUGCCGGUGGAGGUUCAGGCGGGGGUCUCCGUUGAUGGCGGGGAUUGUGUUUUUGGGUCUGUUUGGG